AUGCUGGGGUUCCUGGUGUUGAGGAGAACAGCGCUGGCGCCGCGGCUCCUUCUCCAGCUGCUUAGGUCCCCAUCGCUCCGGAGUCACGGAAGUGCCUCCAGCCAGAGUGUGACCACCGCGGGCCGCGGGGAGCCGCAGUGGCUGAGGGCGGCCGUCGGGGGGCGCCCUGGAACAUCGUUGGCCUUCCUCCCCCGAGAAGGGGCAGCCACCUGGGGGCGCCAGGGAGGACGCACCGAGACCCAGGGCCUCGUAGCCGCAACAUGGGGACGCCUUCCUAGCCCAGAAGAAACACUCCCGAGACAGGACAGCUGGAACGGGGUCCCCAGCAGGGCCGGACUGAGCAUGUGGGCCCUGGCCACGGCGCUGGUGGUUCACUGUUACAGCAAGAGCCCGUCCAACAAGGAUGCAGCCCUGAUGGAAGCUGCUCGCACCAACAAUGUCCAAGAAGUCAGCAGGCUCUUGUCGGAAGGUGCAGAUGUUAAUGCAAGGCACAGACUUGGCUGGACAGCACUCAUGGUGGCAGCCAUCAGCCGAAAUGACAGUGUGGUGCAGAUCCUGCUUGCUGCUGGUGCUGACCCAAACCUUGGGGAUGAUUUCAGCAGUGUUUAUAAGACUGCCAAGGAGCAGGGAAUCCAUUCUUUGGAAGUCCUGGUCACCCGAGAGGAUGACUUCAACAACCGGCUGAACAACCGUGCCAGCUUCAAGGGCUGCACAGCCCUGCACUAUGCUGUCCUUGCUGAUGACUACCGCACUGUCAAGGAGCUACUUGAUGGAGGAGCCAACCCCCUGCAGAGGAAUGAAAUGGGACACACACCCUUGGAUUAUGCCCGAGAAGGGGAGGUGAUGAAGCUUCUGAGGACUUCUGAGGCAAAGUACCAGGAGAAGCAACGGAAGCGUGAGGCGGAGGAGCGGCGCCGCUUUCCCCUGGAGCAGCGGCUGAAGGAGCACAUCAUUGGCCAGGAGAGUGCCAUCGCCACAGUGGGUGCUGCGAUCCGGAGGAAGGAGAAUGGCUGGUACGAUGAAGAACACCCUCUGGUCUUCCUCUUUUUGGGAUCAUCUGGAAUAGGAAAAACAGAGCUGGCCAAGCAGACAGCCAAAUAUAUGCACAAAGAUGCCAAAAAGGGCUUCAUCAGGCUGGACAUGUCUGAGUUCCAAGAGCGGCAUGAGGUGGCCAAGUUUAUUGGGUCCCCACCAGGCUACAUUGGCCACGAGGAGGGUGGCCAGCUGACCAAGAAGCUGAAGCAGUGUCCCAAUGCUGUGGUGCUCUUCGACGAGGUAGACAAGGCCCAUCCAGAUGUGCUCACCAUCAUGCUGCAGCUGUUUGAUGAGGGCCGGCUGACGGAUGGAAAAGGGAAGACCAUCGACUGCAAGGAUGCCAUCUUCAUCAUGACCUCCAAUGUGGCCAGUGACGAGAUCGCACAGCACGCACUGCAGCUGAGGCAAGAGGCUUUGGAGAUGAACCGUAACCGUAUCGCCGAAAACCUUGGGGAUGUCCAGAUUAAUGACAAGAUAACCAUCUCAAAGAACUUCAAGGAGAAUGUGAUACGCCCCAUCCUGAAAGCUCACUUCCGGAGGGAUGAGUUUCUGGGAAGAAUCAACGAGAUUGUCUACUUCCUCCCCUUCUGCCACUCAGAGCUCAUCCAACUUGUCAACAAGGAACUGAACUUCUGGGCCAAGAGAGCCAAGCAAAGGCACAACAUCACACUGCUCUGGGACCGCGAGGUGGCAGACGUGUUGGUCGACGGCUACAAUGUGCACUAUGGUGCCCGCUCCAUCAAGCAUGAGGUCGAGCGCCGUGUGGUGAACCAGCUGGCAGCCGCCUAUGAACAAGACCUGCUGCCGGGGGGCUGUACUCUGCGCAUCACUGUGGAGGACUCAGACAAACAGCUGCUCAAGAGCCCCGAACUGCCCUCACCCCCGGCUGAGAAACGUCCACCCAAGCUGCGGCUGGAGAUCAUCGACAAGGACAGCAAGACCCGCAAACUGGACAUCCGGGCCCCACUACACCCUGAGAAGGUGUGCCACAAUCUCUAGCUUCUACCCACCUGCCUCUACAUGCCCUCAACAUCUAAUAAAGGCCCCUCGGCUGUGGCAUGGCAACUGACCUAUCUUCCCCUCAUGCCCUUUCCCUCCUCUCCACCCAGCCUGAGGCCUGUUUACCUCCUCAUAGCCCCUGGAAGACAACUCCUCAGUCUCAAAGUCAAAAAUAGGGAUUUUGCCCUCCCCUGGACCUUUUAUUAUGGGCCCAAAACUUGCUAACAGGUCUCCAAGGGAGGGGCUGCCUCCCCAUCCCCUUCAAGGCAGGGAAGAGAAGGAGGUCCCUUAUCUCUAUCUUUCAGCAUGAUCCCCAUGGUCUGUAGUCUCUGGAACUUUAUCAUGGUCCCAGGAAACUCAGAAGUUUGCCCGCUAAGAACAGAUCUGCCUGGGAAAAGACGGGGACCAGGCUGUGCCCUGCCACCCUUUGCUGGCCCUCGUACAACUGAGUCCCCAGAAGGUCUGCACAGAUUGUGGAGAAAGAGUGCAGAGGCCCAGGCACAGAGGUUGUGCAGUGUAGACUGUAGCUCCCUCUUUCCCAUAGCCUAGAAUUCCAAGGAGAGGGGACCCAUAGAACUUCUCCCCCGUCCACUGCCAUAUGGUGGCUGUUUCCCCUCAACCACAUUCUGGUGUCAGGCCAGACCAUGUUUCUCCAGCUCUGGAACUAAGCCAGUAUAAGGCACCUCGAGGAGGAAGGCUGAGUGGGUCACUAUCCUGCUCUGCUCAGGGACUGGACAACAGUACCAAAUGACCAAGCAAGCUCAGCUCUAUGGGGCCUCCUUCAGGAGACGAACACAGCCAUCGGGGAGCUGUAGGGAGAGAGAUCAUGAAAUCAGGCUGUGACCAGGUGGCUGUGGAGUCUGCAUCAGCUCUGUCUAUACUGCUGUCCCAGCUGAGUUAGCCUGGAAUAAACUGCUCCCCUGGGCAGUCUGCAUGUUAGUCGUGAAGCAGAGGGCCUGCACACCAUCCCCCAAGGGCAUACCACAAAUGAGCCACGUUUCAGCCCCAGCUUAGCAGGACACAGCGAGGCCUGGUGCAUCCUUGGGCACCAUCGAUAGUAGCCACCACUGAUGACCACCCCAUCACCCUGCAGGGCCUUUUUGGAUCCCUCCUUUUGGUGUUAGCUAAUCUCUUUCAGGAAACAGAAAAUAGAGGCAGGAAUUAAAGUCCCUUAGGUGAUGGCAGAAUACCAGAACAAUGUGGGUACAAGGCAGUCGGAAGUCAGGACAUGGGCUCCAGCAGAUGCUCUAGCAGUCACCGUCCAGGCUCUCAGGGAGCUGUCUGCUGCUCCCUAGCUCAGUAACUGCUGUUCUUUUUACUACUGCUACUACUGCUACUACUAUGGCUUCUACCGCUACUACUACUACUACCACUACUACUACUCCUACUGCUACUGCUACUACUGCUACUCCUGCUACUGCUACUACU